UAGGAACCUCACGGUGUGCGCAAAACUGGUGUCGAAUCUGCUGUUGCGAAAGCUCAUUCGUUUUUACCAACACAGUGACAGACGCCAUGGCAGCCACGAAAGCCGCCAAAGAACAAAAAUACGACAGGCAGCUCAGAUUGUGGGGUGACCAUGGACAAGAAUCUCUAGAAAAUUCCCACGUUUGUCUGAUCCAUGCUACAGCAACUGGGACUGAGAUACUGAAAAACCUUGUGCUUCCAGGUAUUGGAGCGUUCACCAUAGUUGAUGGAAACACAAUUUCUGGGGAAGAUGUAGGAAACAAUUUUUUCCUAAGCAACAAUAGCAUUGGAAAGAAUCGAGCACAAGCAGCCACAGAGCUACUCCAAGAACUGAACAGUGAUGUAUCGGGUAACUUUGUCGAGGAGAGCCCUGACAUGCUCCUGGAUAACAAUCCAGAAUUCUUCCAUAGAUUUACCAUUGUUAUCGGUGUACAGUUGCCUGAAAGCACGUGUUCAAGGCUAGGUUCAGUUCUGUGGAGUGCGUCGGUACCUUUCCUGCUUUGUAAAACCUACGGCCUCAUUGGCUACAUGAGGCUUGUGGUACAGGAGCACACAGUGAUUGAGUCACACCCUGACAAUGCUUUGGAGGACCUGAGGUUAGACCAGCCCUUUGCCGAAUUCCAAAAGCACAUCCAGUGCUAUGACCUGGAUAGCAUGGACAAAAAGGAUCACAGUCACACACCUUGGAUAGUCAUUGUUGCCAAAUACCUUGAAAAAUGGCUUAGUGAGAAUAACUCUCAGCCCCCCAGAAAUUACAAGGAGAAAGAGGCUUUUAGGCAGAUUAUUCGGGAAGGAAUCCUGAAAAAUGAGAAUGGUGUUCCAGAGGAUGAGGAAAACUUUGAGGAAGCCAUAAAGAAUGUCAACACUGCAUUAAAUCCUACCAAGGUCCCUGGUGUUGUUAAAGACCUAUUCAAUGAUGAUCAGUGUAACAACAUAACAUCACAGACUCCAUCCUUCUGGGUAAUGCUGCGCGCUGUGAGGGAGUUUGUGCACAACGAAGGCCAUGGCAGCUUACCUGUACGAGGGACCAUACCAGAUAUGAUUGCAGACUCACAGAAGUUUAUCAACCUUCAGAAUGUUUACCGGGAAAAGGCCCUGGAAGAUGCAGCUUCUGUUGCCGGAUACGUUGAUAGUCUGGUGCAGUCUGUUGGAAAGGCUCCUGAAAGCAUCACUGACAAAAACAUCAAACUCUUCUGCAAGAACGCCUCCUUCCUUCGGGUGGUGCACUGCCGAUCUCUGGCAGCAGAGUACAGUGUGGACUCGGUUAACAGAGAUGAAAUAACUUCAUGCAUGGACAAUCCUGAUAGUGAGAUGGUCUUCUACCUCAUGCUUCGAGCUGUCGACCGCUUCUACCAGCACCAUUCCCGCUACCCUGGAGUGUAUAACUACCAAGUCGAGGAGGACAUCUGCAAGCUGAAAAUGUGCGUCACCAGCCUGCUGCAGGAAUACAACCUCAACGUGAACAUUAAGGAUGAUUAUGUGCAUGAGUUCUGUCGAUAUGGUGCAGCAGAGCCGCAUACUGUUGCUGCGUUUAUGGGAGGAUCAGCCGCGCAAGAAGCCAUCAAGAUCAUCAGCCACCAGUUUGUGCCCUUCAACAACACUUUCAUCUACAAUGCCAUGUCACAGACCUCUGCAACUUUACAGCUAUGAGGUACUCGUUGGGAACUAGAGGAACUCUGAGGAGAUGUAGCAUUUGUCUGCAGAUUUAAUUGAGAUUCAACAUCUGCACUUAAACCCAACAAGACAAGUAGACAACAUAAACAGGACAUAAUCAUGAAGGACCCACUGAGAUGGACAAUAAAUAUUAUUUAAAUCCUAGCAGUACUACACAUUAUGACUUUCCAGCUGCACUGAACUGUGUACAAAGUGGACUUUAUCAAAAUAGUAACGGCACAUUCUUUUUCAAUCUCCUUUCUGGUUUUAGCAAAUAUUCUCAUAUUUUAUGAGUUUCAACCUAAAAGCAUGUCAAUAUGCUGUAGACAAAACUGCUGUGAUUUGCUACUCUCUUUGAGCCAAGUGUUUUAAAUGUCCUCAAAUAAAUACAAGCAACAUGAAUGUC